AUGUCAGGUGAGUCGUGGGAAAUACCAAAAAUGCGUCAGUAUAUGUGUUACUGACCUGUUUGUGGUGCAAAAAAGCUUUUGGUAUGCAUUCUUAGAUACCAGAAAUACGUCAGCUAGAGAGUCACUGACGUGUUUUCGGUGCACCUUUUCAAAAUACGCCAACAAAACCUACACUGACGCAAUUUUUAUCGCAGUCAUGAAGCGAAAUUGUUUGUUUUGAUUAUCUCUUGGUUUUCAAGUGGUGGAUGUGCUUUUGUUUUUCAAAUCGACAUUUUCUCGCGCGCGAGCCCAACUGUCUUCUUCUUCCCGCGCACUUAUCUUUUUUGUUGUGCCAACCGCAAAAAUAUAGAUUUUUUUUGGAUGAGUCACGGUGGUUUAGCGCGAAAAAUACGCGUCAGGGAGGCUUGCUGACGCUUAUCUUUAAAAAAAACGUUUGUUGACGCUGAUUCCGUAGAUUGCACCGAAAAUGCGUCAGUUGACCAAGAGUAGAUCAACUUUAAACCCCCAAAGAAUACGCCACGCAUAAUAUGGGUCAGUGAAACUCUGCUGACACAGAUUUUGUAGUUUGUGAAUGAAAUGUGUCAGCCAUUUCUUUGCUGACCCAUUUUUUGUGUUAGAAUUAAGAUUUUAUGAGAAAAAUGCACUGAAAAUGCGUUAGGAGCGUUUCGAACACAAUUUUUCGAAGCUCCUUCAAAAUAAGCGUCAGUAAAUGUUUGCCUUGGCGUAGAUUUUGUAGCUUCGAAAAUGCCAGUCAAAUCUUUUUUCCCGCAAUUGAGCUAAGGUAAACCAAAAAUGCGUCAGUGACAGUUUUUAUCCAAAUUUAUCACCCAAUAGGUCAAGGGUUCGGUUCCUCGUGGGCCCUACUAUUUUUUUAAAUCAAAAUUUUUGAUUUUUGCAGUGUUAGCGAGUAUGAUGUCAUCGGGGGAAGAUGAGGAUCAGGCGGCGGCCGACGAACAAGAGAGAUCCGAUUUAUGGCAACAGACAUUACAGGUUGGUUGGAAUUUAUGGGCUUUGAAAUUAAAAAUUUGGUAGAAUUUAUGGUUCCCGGAAAUUUGAAAAUAUAAAUCUUGUUCACCAAUGGAUUUGGGGUGGUGUCAGGAAGAAAAAUUCAUUUUGAAAAAAAAAAUCUGACUGAAAAAUGUUGGGUUUACAUCGACUGAAUGGACUUUUGCCAUUGUUGUGGCUCAGAUUUGUGAGUUUUUUUUUCGCGCGAAAAAUUUUGAAAAUUUAAUAUUUUUACUCCAAAAUUCCGCAUUGGUCAAAGAUUGAUAAAAGAGUUUCCUCAUCUCUUUUUCUCUAACACUCUCUCCAAAUAGCAUACUCUCUCCUCAAUUUUUCCCGGCCGGGUGUAAUAAGUAUCCUGCAGACGUUAACGUAUUUUUUAUCAUCUCUUUCUCUAACCGUCUGCCACUCUCUCAAUCUCUCGCCUUCUUCUUUUUUUUGUGCGCGAGCUUUUUCCAAAUGAAAUAAUAAUGAUGAUGAUGUGUGUGUGUGGUGUAUUUUUUAACUGGUUGGAGAAAAAUUGUGAGAAGCGAUAGAGAGAGAAAGAUGAAAUUGUUGUUUUUCGAAAAUUCUGACGUUUUCGUGUGGCUAUUUUUGGACAAAGACAAAGAUUUUGGGGAAUUUUGAAUGGGAACUGGGAGAUUUCAGAAAACGAACACGUGUUUUAUAUGCGACAUUUUGCACCGCUGAAAAAAAGAGACGCGUGGCCCAGUGGUUUGCAUCACAGCCUUUUGCCCGCGCAACCCAGGUUCGAACCCACAUUCCGCCUAACAUUUUUUUCCAAAUUUUUUUUCUGCACCGCGUGAACUUUGAAAUUCAAAUUUCCUCCUUCUCCUUUUCCUCCCACUCUUCAACCUUGCUCUCCUUUUUUUCUCCUCAAUUUUUUCGAGCUUUUCCCUCCGAAAAAGUGCAUUUUUUCGGCGUUGGAUUAAAGCCAAGCAAAAAAGGAAGAAGACGGACGAGUUUUUCACAACUAACGAGCAAAAAAAGUUUUUUUUUUGUUCCGAUUUUUUGCGGGACCGAAAAUGCUUGAAUUUAGCCUAACCUUAGGCUUUGGCUUAUUUAUUUGCCCUCAUUUUCCCAACAAAAAAAGCGAAAAAUAAUAUUAGUCAAGCCGAUAUGCAAAUUAUAUUCAUGAAGAAAUUUGAGACGUUUUUUUUCUCGAUAAAUUUUUUUUUGAAAUUGAGCAUUUUUGGGGGAUUAGGAAGGAAUUUUUUGUACUUACUUGUAUGUUAAGCAAAACCAUGGAAACCUUGAAAUAAGAGAGAAAAAUCUGAAAAGUUAUUUUAUUUUCUCAAGUGACUGUGAAUAUGGGUUAUCAUUGUUAUUUGACAAUCGAUAAAAGGACUGGUAAAGUAGGUUUUUUAGGAAAAAUUCUGAAUUUCAGAUUUUUUUGAGCUUAAAAAAAGUUUAAAAAUAUAUGUCAUUUUUUUUGAAAAAAAUUUCUCGGGAAAUAAAAUUCCCCAAAAAUUCACUGUUUCAAAAUUUUCUGAAAAACAUUGUGAAAAAAAAAAGAUUAAUCAGAUAGACACAACAAGUAUUAUUUGAAAUUUACUGUUUCGAAAAAAAUUUUCAAAAAUCUUUUUUUACAGGCAGCAGUCGCAGCUUCUUCCUCGACAGAUCAGCAGAAGAAGCGACCGGCGCAACGAAAACCGCUGCGUCAGACGAAUGUGAUCGAAAGAUCCGAAAGAUCGCUGUUAUGUUUGUCGUUGUCGAAUCCGAUUCGAAAAUUGUGUAUUAGUAUUGUCGAAUGGAAGUGAGUUGAUUUUGGGAUUAAGAGAAACGAUGCUCCGCUUUUACGCGGUUCAAAUUCAUCAAGUUUGAACUGUUUUGAGUUUAGCGGAAUCGUGGAGUGUUGUUUGUUUUGGAAAAUUAAAUUCCUAGCGAUACUCCGCUUUUACACCCUCUCUUUUUUCCAGACCAUUCGAAUUUUUAAUUCUACUUAUGAUAUGUGCAAAUUGUAUCGCUCUAGCUGUAUAUCAACCGUAUCCAAAUCAGGAUUCGGAUCGGAAAAAUCAAAUGCUCGUGAGUUUAUUUUUUUGGAAAUUUUCUUUUCCACCAAAAAACCAUUGAUUGCAGGAAAACAUUGAAAUCGUGUUCAUCGUCGUUUUCACAAUUGAAUGUGUUUUGAAAAUUGUGGCGAUGGGGUUUAUGUUUCAUCCGGGAGCAUAUUUACGGAAUGCUUGGAAUAUUCUCGAUUUUAUUAUUGUUGUUAUUGGGUGAGUUAUAUUUUUGGACACAAUUUUUUAAAAAACGCAAAAAAUCAGACUUUUCAACAAAAUUCACUUGAAAAUUUGAUUUUGAAGCAAAAAAAACCGCGCUCCCUCAAUUAAGCUCCGCCCCUUUUGCAAGCAAACAAUGGCAACACGCACAACCCGUAAACCGUCGUACACACAAGAAAUUUAUAUAUUCACGUGUUUUGUGUGUUGUAUCGCUUACGGGCGGUAGCGGAGCUCUCGCAAAAUAUUUUUGAAUCGAAAAUUGUAUUUUCAAAAAGUACAAAUUUCUUAUUUUUGAUUUGAAUUGAAUGGUACAGAGGACAGAGAUAUCAAACUAUAAAUAAAUACUGAAAGCCUUAUAAUAAAUUCGAAACGUAUGAUUUCCGGGAAAUUUUUCACCACAAAAAAAGUAUUUUCUCAUUCAACCGCAAAAUGUUUUUUCAGACUAGUAAGUACAAUUCUAUCAAAAAUGUCAUAUCAAGGAUUCGAUGUAAAAGCUCUUCGUGCAUUUCGUGUCCUUCGACCACUUCGAUUAGUUUCCGGUGUUCCGAGUUUACAAGUUGUGUUGAAUGCGAUUCUAAGAGCCAUGAUUCCACUUUUACACAUUGCCUUGCUCGUUUUAUUCGUCAUUUUGAUCUAUGCGAUUAUUGGAUUGGAAUUGUUUUGUGGAAAAUUGCAUUCGACUUGGUGAGUGUUUUUGGGGAAUUUCAGAUUAACAUGAGCAAGAGCUCAAAAUUUGGAACAAAAUGAGUUAAAACAUGAUGUUCAUAAAAAAUCAGGCUCAAUUUUUAAGCACAAUUUUCAAGAGUUUAAAAUUUCGCACAAGAUGAAUUUAAAUACAUAUGUUUUUCAAAAUAAAAUUUGAAAAAUCUCUGAAAUUUUAGUUCUCCUCAAAAAAUUUGUUACCUAAUUUUUUUCAAAUAUUUUUUGGAAAAAGUUUAGGUUCAUUUUGAAGAUGAGCUUUUUCGCUGCUCUUAAAAUCCACCCCUAAUAUAACCUAACUCCAAAUAUUUUCAGCAUCGACAAAAGUACAUCACAAAUUGCUCAAAAUUCGCCAACACCAUGUGGAAAUGAUGGAAGUGCCUACAAAUGUGAACUACCAAAAUCAAUGACAGAUCUAGGUGUUCAAUGGGAAUGUUCGAAUUCAAGUGGUUGGCCUGGACCAAAUAAUGGAAUCACCAAUUUCGAUAACUUCGGCCUAGCCAUGUUAACCGUAUUUCAAUGUGUUUCCCUCGAAGGUUGGACUGAUGUUAUGGGAUGGGUAAAUGAUGCAGUCGGAAGGGAAUGGCCGUGGAUAUAUUUUGUGACACUAGUUAUUCUUGGCUCAUUUUUUGUGCUCAAUUUGGUUUUGGGAGUUUUGUCGGGAGAAUUUUCGAAGGAACGAGAGAAGGCGAGAGCAAGAGGAUUGUUCCAGAAGUUUCGAGAGAAACAACAAUUGGAAGAGGAUUUGAAAGGGUAUUUGGAUUGGAUUACUCAAGCUGAAGAUAUUGAACCGGUUAAUGAAGAUGAGCAAGAGGAUGAGCCCGUGCAGCAGAGUGAGUAUUUUUGACGGGGAGCGGGAGCGGGGAUUUGGGAAGGUGAUUUGUAUUCUGAGAAAUUUCCUCGGAAAAUCUGGUGAUAGAAUUUUUUGAGCUCUAAAUUUUCAAAAAAGAGUUAGCUGAAUCUAUAGAUUCAGAGUUCACAUGAUGCUCUAACAUGAGCAAUCAUCCUGAAAAUUCAGAUUUUUGAAAGUCUGAAAUUUUUGGACCGUGGACUUUUGGCGCCAAAAUGUAUUUAUUCUAAAAAAAAAACAAUGAGAUUAAUAUGAGCAAUGCAAAAAAAAAUCGAACAAAAAAAAUAUAAUAAUUCCACGUGGAAGAAAAGAAAUUUCGAAAUAAAAAACACAAACAAAAGAUUAAAAUGAGCAAUAAACUAUUUUAGUAAACCGGAAAUUUCAAAGUUAACAAAAAAAAGAAAAAAAUAAGAUAAGCACAUUCAGAAAGAGUUAAAUGAAUUUCUACGUGGAUUUUGGCGCCAAAAAAAGUUUGUUAAACAUGAGCAAUCAGAGCCAGUAUAAGCAAAUGCUACCCAAAAGCUCGUGGAUUUCUGCUAACUGCAAACGCAAAAAUUUGCUCUUCUCUGUGAUUGCCGAUUUUGUAUCGUCUCCAAAAUUUUGAUAGAAUUUGGAUCUUUCGAGCUCUUCAAUUUGCUUGAAUUCCACAAUUCUUCCCAUGAUUUUGUUUAAAAUAUUUGGAAUUUUAUAUUUGUCGGCCAAGAAAAUUGCGAUUUCCAAGCUGAUUUCCGAGCCUGAAUCUGAGAUUGCAUUUGUGCAUUUCUCGAAAACAUGUGGCAUUUUGUAUUUUUCCGAAAGUUUCAUCAGAAACACGACAUUCGAAUCAUCGAUUUUUGUUCCACCUGGAUAGAUUAGCUUCAGAAGCUCCAUGAAUUCCUCGAUGUUGUCGUCGAGAGUGAAAAAUCGAUGCCAAUUGUUACCAAAAUCCGCGAAAAGUUUGGAAUUCAAACGGAGAAGUUGCAUGUUGCAGUGGAGUUUUUGAACCGGAAUCGGAUUUGAAGUUGACUUCACAAAUCUAAGCUCAACAUUUGAAGUUGGAUGUUUUUUGGUGAAGUCUGGAUAAUCUUUCUUCUGAAGUUCAGCAGAGUUUCUGACAUUAAUUCUCAUCCAAAUUGUGACUUUGAAUGGUUUUCCAAUGUUGAGAUUUGAAAAAAGUUCGAAACUCAAUUGAUUCUUCUUGAAAGUUGUCGUAAAUCUCUUCCAGAAUUUCUCCUUGCUAUCAAUUUCUAUUUCGAUUUUCCCUGCCGAAACUUCAACAAUCUUCGAUUUCUCAUAAUUCUCCAAGUGAAGUUGAAGAAUUGCCGAUGGAACGGUGCGCAAGAUUUUGAUGUGCCUUUAAAGAAUUUUGGGGUUUUUUGAUCUUGUGGGGGCGGAGCUUACCAAUAGAAAUCUUGGAAUUUGAAUGGAGGCGAGUUGAAUUUGCCACCUUCGAAAACUUGCUCGAUUCGGAAAUUGUAUAAAUCGGCGGGGAAAUUCUGGAAUAAACAUAUUGAAUUUUAUUGCGAAAUAUUUCUAGAAAGUUCAAAAAAAAAAUCCUAAACUCUGAAAAUUGGCCCAAAAAUCCACUAACCUCUUCCGCCUUUCGCACUCCCAACAAUCCUGGACAAUCCAUCACUGAUUUUCGCUGUUCCCAAAUUUUUUUCCUAAAAAAAAAUAAAAAUAUUCGAAACGGUUAGAAAGUUAGUUAGUCAAAAACACAAAAUGGCUAGACACCUUUUGUCUUUUUUCUUGUUUUGGCCUUGAACAGAUGUUGCUCACGUUAUGUUAAAUAAGAGAGAGGAAAAGGAGAGAAAAGCAUGGAAAUGUUAGAGACACAUAGAAGAGGAAGGGCAGAAUUUGGAUUGUUGCCAAAAAUUGACAUUUGGAAAUUAUUCCCGGGAAAUGUAGGUUUCAAGGAUUUUUGAAAUAUUUGGGAUUUUCUGAAGGGUUCAUUAAUUGAAUACGGCUGAAAAUCUGUAAAAUCAUAUUCAGGUUGCUGUAGUUUCCAGACUGCAAAAAGUACUGUAGCUUUUAUUAGAACUGUAAAUAAUCAAAUUUCGAAAAUUUCGAACUACAAAGGAUACUGUAGAUUUCCAGUAGUUUCCAAAAAUCUAGUUUUUUUCCAAAUUGCAGAGGAUACUGUAGAAUUUUUGGACUAAAAAAUUAGAUCUAGAAUUUCCAAAAAAAGAAGCUCUUAUUUUCGAGUACUGUAUUAUCCAAACUGCAAGGGGUACUGUAGUUUUCUUUUGAAAAUAUUUUCCACCACAAAUUCCCCAUUUUUUCAGCAGCAGUUGGCGAAGAAGCAGAUGAAGAAGGUGAAGAACGUGUUGAAGAUGUGAGGCCAAGUAAAUGGGCUGCCAGAAUGAAGAGACUAGAAAAAAUGAACCGUCGAUGUCGUCGAGCUUGUCGUCGAUUAGUCAAAUCACAGUCAUUCUAUUGGCUUGUUAUUGUGCUGGUCUUUCUGAAUACUUUGGUGCUGACAUCGGAACAUCAUGGACAACCCGAUUGGUUGGACACUUUUCAGAGUUAGUUUGAUUUUGAAAUUCUGGAAAUGUUUGACUCAAAAAAUCCAUUUGAAAUUUUGUGUUUUAUACAAAUUUAAAUUUUUCAUUGAAUUUUUUCGGAUUCAAAUAUCUGAAAAUUCUUGGAAACUUCAAAUCUACAGUAAACGUACAAAAACGUGGCUACAGAGCCUUUGUACCUUGAAUUUUGUGUUCACCCCAAAAAGCUUGAAUUUUUUUGCUCGAAAUUUUUAAAUGUUUCAUUUGGAGGCCAAAAAUCUUAACAAUUACUGUAUUCUGGUAAUUUUUUGAAAAUUUGAAGAAAACUUUGAAUAAGAAUUUUCCAGAGAUUCUAAAAUAUUUUUUUGAAAAAAAUUUUCAAGCAUGAAAAUCUUUCUGAAGUUUUGUAAUUUUUUUCAAAUCAAAAAAGUUGUUUCAAAAACAAAAUUCAAUUUGAUAAUUCAAAUUUGUUUGCAGCAUGGGCCAAUUUAUUCUUCGUAAUAUUAUUCUCAAUGGAAAUGUUGCUCAAAAUGUAUUCACUUGGUUUCACAACAUACACAACAUCACAAUUCAAUCGUUUCGAUUGUUUUGUUGUAAUCAGUUCAAUUUUGGAAUUCGCUUUAGUUCAAAUGAAAUACAUGAAACCUUUGGGUGUUUCUGUGUUGCGAUCAGCUCGUUUGCUAAGAAUUUUCAAAGUCACCAAAUAUUGGACAUCGCUGCGUAAUUUGGUAUCAUCGUUGCUCAAUUCACUUCGAUCAAUUAUAUCACUUUUAUUAUUGCUCUUCUUGUUUAUUGUCAUUUUUGCAUUGCUUGGAAUGCAGGUUUUUGGCGGCAAAUUCAAUUAUAUGCCACAACAACCAAAACCAAGGGCCAAUUUUGAUACGUUUGUACAGGCUUUGCUCACAGUGUUUCAGGUGAGCAGGGGGGCUUUCUAGAUUUUUCAAAGAGUUAAUGUAAUUUUGCUGCUAACGGAAAGCUUGGUUAGAAUUUUUUCAAAAUUUCCACGAGGUUAUUUAUCCCGGAAAAUUUAGGUUUCAAGAUUUUUUGAAAUUUCAACAUUUUAUUUUUGGGUCAUUGUUGUUAAGCCAUUUCUCAAAUUUAUCUGAAAACUUCUAGAAGCUCUCUGAUUCAUAUUAAAAUUCACAAUUUUUGCAGAUUCUAACCGGUGAAGAUUGGAAUGCGGUAAUGUAUAGUGGAAUUGAUUCAUUCGGCGGUGUCGGAACAAUGGGAGUUAUCGUAUGUAUAUACUAUAUUGUUCUAUUCAUUUGCGGUAACUAUAUUCUGUUAAAUGUUUUCUUGGCUAUCGCUGUCGAUAAUUUGGCCGAUGCUGAUAGUUUAACGAAUGCCGAGAAGGAAGAGGAACAACAAGGUUUGUUUUUGGAUUUUUUUGGCGGUCUUGAAUUCUGAAAACACCGAUAUCACGGGGAUUCUGAUAUUCCAAGUGAUAGUAAUCCGGAACCGCCCAGAAUUCUAAAUGUUUUCUAGAACUCGAAGGUGAAGAUGAAGAAUAUGAUGAAGGAGAUGAAGAGGGCGAUGAACAUGGUUUAGAAGAUGAAAAUGGCGAUGAAGAAAUGACAUCAGCUCGUCCCCGAAGAUUAAGUGAACUACCAGCAGCAAAUCAAGCAAAACCAAUUCCAAAAGCAUCUUCGUUAUUUAUCCUAAGUCACACAAAUCCAUUUCGAGUAUUUUGCAAUGAUGUUGUAAAUCAUUCAUAUUUCACAAAUAGUGUUCUCGUUUGUAUUUUGGUGUCAUCUGCAAUGUUAGCCGCUGAAGAUCCACUUGAUGCAAAUUCGAAACGAAACAAUGUUUUGAACUAUUUCGAUUAUUUUUUCACAUCGGUUUUUACUGUUGAAAUCACGCUAAAAGUUAUUGUUUUUGGAUUGGUUUUUCACAAAGGAUCGUUUUGUCGAAAUGCGUUCAAUUUGUUGGAUAUUUUGGUUGUUGCCGUUUCGUUGACUUCGUUUGUUUUGAGAACUGAUGCGAUGAGUGUUGUCAAGAUUUUGCGGUUAGUUUGAUUUUGGCGAGGGAUUGGGGAUUUCAAAAUUAUACACUUUUUAAAUUAAAAAAUAACAGAAAAAUCGAAAUUUGUAUUAAAAAAUGCAACUGCGCUCUAAUAAAAUUGAAAUAUUCGAAAUUUCACAAUUUUUGCAAGUGCGCUCCAAGGAGAAUCUUAGGAAUUAUGUUGAAUAUUCAAAAAUUGUUUAAAAAAUUCCAAUUAAUUUCAAAUUUUUGAAUUUCUUUUCAAAAUUCAUGUGCGCUCUACUGACAAAUUGAAAAAUUAGAUUUGAAUUUGCUGUAGAAAACAGCAGCUGCGCUCUAAUGAUAAUCUCGAAAAAUUGAAACAUUCGAAAUUUCAUGAUUUUUUCCAAGUGCGCUCUAAUGAGAAUCUCAGAAAUCAUGUGAAUUAUUCAAAAAUUUCUUUAAAAAUUCCAAUUAAUUUCAAAUUUCUGAAUUUAUUUUGGAAAUUCAUGUGCGCUCUACUGACAACAUGAAAAAUUAAUAAAAAUUUUGAAUUUGCUGUAGACAACUUUAGUUGUGCUCUAAUGAUAAUCUGAAAAUUUUGAAUUUUUGAUAAAAAUUUAAUAAGAAUUCUCAUCUUUUCAAAUUACCAAAUUUGUCAUGAAAUUGUUUAGAAAACAGGAAAAAACAUCCGAAACAUAUGAUUUUAAGCUUGAUUCCGAAUAAUAAAUCUGAAAAUUACCUUAUCACAUCCAAAACCCAUCUCCUACCUCAAAAAACCAUCUAUAUUUCAGUGUGUUACGUGUUCUUCGUCCACUUCGUGCAAUUAAUCGAGCAAAAGGACUCAAACAUGUUGUACAAUGUGUAAUUGUGGCUGUCAAAACUAUCGGAAAUAUUAUGUUGGUCACAUUUAUGCUCCAAUUUAUGUUUGCGAUUAUUGGUGUACAAUUGUUUAAAGGAACAUUCUUUUCGUGUAAUGAUUCAUCGAAAAUUACCGAAAGGGAGUGCAAGUGAGUUGAUAGAAAUCAAUUAUUCAAAAACUUCUGAAAACCCUGAUUUUGCAGAGGUGAAUUCAUUCAAUACGAAGAUGGCGAUCCAACUCGACCGGUUUCCAAAAAACGUGUUUGGACCAAAAACGACUUCCACUUCGAUACAGUCGGCCAGGCGAUGAUUUCACUAUUUGUUGUUUCGACUUUCGAAGGUUGGCCCGGUUUGUUGUAUGUUGCAAUUGAUUCGAAUGAAGAAGAUCGAGGUCCGAUUCAUAAUUCGAGACAAGCUGUUGCGUUGUUCUUUAUCGCUUUCAUUAUUGUUAUUGGUGAGUUUUUUAAUUGAUGUGAAAAUCCAAUUUGAAAUAUGCAUUUUUUUCAAAAAAAAAAAAUUAAAUUUUGAAAAUGAAUUUAAACGUGAACGUGGAAUUUUUGAAAAAUUCUUAUUUUUAAAUUUUUUCAAUGAGGAAAAUGUGACUUGGAACCUGAUUUCUUGCAGCCUUCUUCAUGAUGAACAUUUUCGUCGGUUUCGUUAUCGUCACAUUCCAAAAUGAAGGAGAAAGAGAAUACGAAAACUGUGAACUCGAUAAAAAUCAACGGAAAUGCAUCGAAUUUGCGCUGAAAGCAAAACCGCAUCGUCGAUAUAUUCCACGAAAUCGACUACAAUAUCGAGUUUGGUGGUUUGUAACAUCACGAGCUUUUGAAUAUGUGAUAUUCUUGAUUAUUGUCAUGAAUACCGUAUCGUUGGCUUGUAAACAUUAUCCAAGUUCGAAAAAUUUUGAGGAUUUUCUGGAUGUAUUCAAUUUGAUUUUCACCGGAGUUUUUGCAUUUGAAGCGGUUUUGAAGAUAAUUGCUCUGAAUCCCAAGAAUUAUAUCUCAGAUCGAUGGAAUGUUUUCGAUCUUUUGGUUGUUGUUGGAAGUUUCAUCGAUAUUACAUACGGAAAAUUGAGUCCGGGUGGAACGAAUUUGAUUUCGAUUAAUUUUUUCCGACUUUUCCGAGUUAUGCGAUUGGUUAAAUUGCUUUCAAGAGGAGAAGGUAUUCGAACAUUGCUAUGGACUUUUAUGAAAUCAUUCCAAGCUCUUCCAUAUGUCGCAUUAUUGAUUGUUUUGCUGUUUUUCAUUUAUGCGGUUAUUGGAAUGCAGUUUUUUGGAAAAGUCGCAUUGGAUGAUUCGACGUCGAUUCACAGGAAUAAUAAUUUUCAUUCGUUUCCACAGGCAAUUUUGGUGUUGUUCAGGUAGGAGAAUUCGUGAUUUCCAACAUGGAAAAUGAAAAUUCCACGUAUAUUUUACUUACAGAUCUGCAACCGGUGAAGCUUGGCAAGAAAUUAUGCUCAGUUGCUCAGAACGUGACGAAGUUCGAUGUGCUCCCGAAUCCGACGAAUAUCAAAAAUGGGAAAGAUCUAAAACAGAUGCAAAUUCAACGACGACAAUACCGGCCGAACCAAAAUGUGGAACCAAUUUCGCCUAUCCAUAUUUCAUCUCAUUUUUCAUGCUCUGCUCAUUUUUAGUCAUCAAUUUGUUCGUCGCCGUCAUCAUGGACAAUUUCGAUUAUUUGACAAGAGAUUGGAGUAUUUUGGGACCACAUCAUUUGGAAGAAUUUGUGCGAUUAUGGUCCGAAUACGAUCCGGAUGCCAAGGGAAGAAUCAAACAUCUUGAUGUUGUCACUCUACUUCGUAAGAUCUCACCGCCUCUUGGAUUCGGUAAAUUGUGUCCGCAUCGAUUGGCUUGCAAACGGCUUGUCUCUAUGAAUAUGCCGUUGAAUUCGGAUGGAACUGUUUGUUUUAAUGCGACACUUUUUGCGCUGGUUCGAACGAAUUUGAAGAUUUACACGGAGGGAAAUAUUGAUGAGGCUAAUGAACAAUUGAGAAGUGCAAUUCGAAGGAUUUGGAAGAGGACUUCGUUGAAAAUGCUGGAUGAAGUUGUGCCACCGGCUGGAAGUGAGUUAACUUUGAAAAUAUAGAAAAACAAGAAAAAUGAAAUAAAAAUAUGUGAAAAAAACUCGCUUCAAGACUUUAGAAUUUUCUCCAAAUUUUAGUACCUUCUACAUUCGUAGAAAUCAGCGAACAUCGCAAAAUUUUUUAGAUUUUCUCAUUUUGUGAAAUAUUUCCAUAUAGUUUUCAUAGUUCCUUUUGAAUUCGGUUUCAAAAUGUAUGCCAAUUUUUUCUCUACAGUUUGCCGUUAAUAACAUCUGAAGAUUCCAUAUUUUUACAUGGAAAAACUCCGAGAAAAAAAAAGAAAAUGCGAAAAAAUAAAAGUAAAACAACGAGACUCCGCUUGCGCAGUGUUUAGCGUGGAGUCUCGUUUUUCACAUUUAUUUUUUCCUUUUUUCGCCAAGUUUUCACCAAAGAUUUUCAAGUCACAUAUUUCGCCAAAUUGUUCCUCAGUCCCUAGAUAAAUCUUAGUUUUUGGCUGGAAAACUAGAAUUUUUAAUUAAUCAAAUUCAAAUUUUAUUCAUUUUUUCAGAAGAAGAUGACGUGACGGUUGGAAAAUUCUAUGCGACAUUCCUGAUUCAAGACUAUUUCCGACGAUUCAAAAAACGAAAAGAAUUGGAGGCGAAAGGAAUUGUACCGACACAAACACCGCAAGCAAUGGCACUUCAGGUAACAAAACGCACAUUUUUUUUGGGAAGGAAGGGAUUAGGAGAGUUUUUUUUGGCGAAAAAAAUACAUAGUUGUUUUUUUUUAGUUUUGAAGAAUGAAGAAAAAGGAGAGGAAAAAUGGCUGGGGAGUUGUGUUUUGUUUUUUUUUUGGAGACCAAAAGCUGAAAAUUUUAUAUAGAACAGAUCUGUCUGCAGACAGAUUUUGACGCCAAAAUUCAGUUUUGGUAAUAGAGCUUACUAUUUUUCUACUUCAAAAUUUAAAUUACUUAUAAAAGUUAUUAUUUGAAUUUUUAUCCGAUAACCAACAUUUGCAAUAGAGCGCACUUGCUGUUUUCUUUAAAAAAUUCAAAUUUUCUCCAAUUUUCCGAUUUUCACUUUUAAUUUGAAAUUGAAUUUAAAAAAAAUCUAAAAUUGGCUUCAUUCUGUCAUCUUCAUUUCUUAGUUAUAUAUAUUUUUCGUGGGACCCAUGAAAUUUAUUAUUUAUGGAUUGCUUUUUUUAUUCUUUCUUUUCAUCAGAAAAAAAUGAAAAUGAAAAGAAAAAGCUUUUUUUCCCUUCCAUUUUUCUUGGUGAAAAGCUCCAAUUUCUGCUCUCUUCUUCCUUCCUUUUUUGACAGAUUUGAAUUGAGAACCCGAGAAUUCGUUUUUUAAUUAAAAAACGACACAAGCUUGAGAAGGAAAAUUGAAAAAUUGCUGUUUUUUUUUGCAGGCUGGACUUCGAACACUUCAUGAAAUUGGACCCGAGUUGAAACGAGCCAUCUCGGGAAAUCUGGAGACUGAUUUCAAUUUCGACGAUCCGGAGCCACAGCAUAGAGUGAGUUUCUUGGGAGGAAUUUUUCUAGCGCCAAACAUGGGCGGAGUUGGCAAUUUUUCUAUGCUGAAUAUGAAAACUCAACCCCUUUUUUUCCAUGCUUGAUUUUAUUUUAUUUUUUUUUUCAAAAAAAAAAUGCUUGGAAUUUUUUCGACGCGACUCUCGUAAAUAAUUGAAUUCUUGUUUGUGAAGCUUCUUCUUCUUUCCUCCAACUUUUUUUUUCAUUCACAAAAAACGAAAAACUUUUUUCCCCUCUGGAUUUUUCGCCACUCAAUUGUUCAUUUUUGCAGCGACCUCAUUCGUUGUUCAACAAUUUGGUUCAUCGACUUUCGGGCGCAAGAUCGCCGACUGAAGAAAAAAUGGACAGAGGAUCGACGCUUUUACCGUUUCGUGAGUGCAUUUUUGGGGAAGAAAUUUGGGAAAAUCUGAAAAUUUCAAAAAAUUGAAACAAUCUAUGAAAAAUGAAACCCGGAAAAUGUAGGUUUCAACAUUUUUGGAAAUGUUCAAUAAUUUUUUGAUUUCCGGUUUAAUCAUGAUUUUUUUUUUGAAAAAUGAAUAGAAAUAUUUUGAAUUUACACGAUUUGUUAUUUUUAUAGUGAAAAAAGGUUAUAUAUGUGCACCUUCUUGACAAUUAGGCUCUCAAGGCGUGGCUGCUUGAGAAUCAUGAUUUCUAGAUUCGGCUACUUGGCGUAAAAACUCUCAAGGCGCGGUUCCUUGACAUAGUGAAUCUCUAGGCGCUGAUCCUUGACAUAUAUGAUUUCUAGACUUGGUUACUUGAGAUUUUGAUCCCGGAAGUAGACGGAUUUCAAAGCGGGAAAUAUUACUCUGAAAAAAACGAUUCAAAAUUUUAUUUGGGCUACGAAUUUCCCCUUCAAUUUCUCACUUUUUUUCCAGAACCUCGUUCAUUUUCUCCAACUCAUUCAUUAGCCGGCGCCGAAGGUUCACCAGUUCCUUCACAAAUUUCACGAGGAACAGCUCAACCCAUAAAUUCAUCAAUCAAUUUGCCAGUUAAUGGAACUGUUCGACGACUACCAACACUUCCACCCUAUGCAAAUCAUAUUCAAGAUGAGACGAAUGACGGUGUACGAUAUCGAGAUACUGGAAAUCGAGCCGGAUAUGAUCCAUCACAUGAUCGAAUGGUUUUUGCGAAUAGAAAGUUGGUUUUUUUGGCGCCGAAAUUUCAAUUUUGAAUCUAAUUUACAAUAUUUCCAGCUUACCCGUAGAUCCAGACGAAGAAGAUGAUUGGAAUCAUCAUCAUCAAAGUGGUUCUGGAAACGGUGGACCACCACGAAGAACAUCUCGAACACUUCCACCAAUUCGAGAUCCAAUGAUUAUGGCUCGUGGAGCUGCUUUGGCUUUAGCCGGAAUGUCAUCUGAAGCAUACGAGGGAACGUAUCGACCCGUUGGCGAAGGAAAAUCUGUACGACUGCCUUUCUCAUCGAGACCUGUGCUAAGACCGGCGGAUGAUUCGAGACCGGUUGAUCGAUUGAUUGGGCAAUCACUUGGAUUGGGAAGGUGAGGGAUUUUGUUGAAAAUUGUAGCUUUUAACAUGAGUUAUGACGUGGCAAAACAUAUUUUUCAUCAAAAAAUUAAUGAUUCAGGCGAAUUGUAAUUUUCAGACUACAAAUGUGAAUCUUCUAGAAAAUUAGUCUAACUAAGCUCGGCUACUUGGCUUAUGAGCUCCCAAGGCGCAGCUCCUUGUUAGAGUGGAUGUCUAGAGGCGGACCCUAGACAAUUAGGUCCUUAAGGCGCCUCUACUUGAGAAACUAUUUUUUUUUUGGUUUUUUUCACAGAAAAACUCUGAUUUCUUUUUUGAAAAUCUACAAAAACGCAAAAUUCUGAGUCGGAAAAAAAUCUGCAAAAACUUAACGUAGUUUUCAAAAUUCUUUGUGAAAUUCUUCAAAAGUACCACUUAUAACAAGCCUGUUUUCUAAAAAUUAAACAAACCCGAUUUUCAGCCGCUACACAGACGCUCGAGUCGUUGGCGCAGCUCGCCGCGAAAUCGAAGAAGCCUUCUCACUCGGCGAACGUGAAAUCGAUCUCGCCGCCGAUUCUCUCGCUCCCCUAAUGCAACACGUCGGAAUGCACGACAUUCGAGACAUCAACGAAAAUUCGCGAAGUGCCCUUCUACGACCAACCGACGCUUCACGGGUUGGCGGACCAAAUGGCGGUGCACAUCCAUCACAAAGUGCCGAUGGUUCACCAUCCCAAGAAGAUUUACUACUCGUCACCACACUUUAG